GAAUUAUACGGUCAAAGUCAUCCACAUAGUUUAAUUCCGGUUUUAUUAAAUGAUGUGGUAUUUGCUACGCAUGCAGUUUUUGCAUGCGCGAUCACUGCCUUACAAUGUUUCAUCUAUGAACGUGGUAAUCAACGUAUUUCAUAUACUUGUUGGAGUAUUGCAACAUUAUUUGCAUUAAUUGUUGGUAUAAUGCUAAUAUUAACAAUAAUUGGAAUAAUGAAUCCAUUACAAUACAUUAUGGGUUUAUCAUAUAUUAAAAUGUCUGUAACGAUGUGUAAAUAUUUUCCACAGGUAUUUAUGAAUUUCCGACGAAAAAGUACAACUGGAUGGUCGAUAGGAAAUGUUUUGUUGGAUUUUCUGGGUGGACAAAUGGAUAUCACACAAAUGAUUUUGCAAGCGGCAAAUACAGGUUGUAAAUAA